AGCUGCUGGGUGGGUUGGACUCAAAGGAGAAAAGUGAAGAGCCAGACCACCUCACACAAGAAUAUACAGGACUUCUGCAUGCAUGCACAUAGCCUAAAGCUAGAAACCAGCUCUUGGGCACAAAGACUCAGCCUGCACUCUUACACACAUUCAAAAAACAAAAGGCUAAAAGCAAACCCAGCCCUGCAGGUAUUUUUCUCCCCUUGUACAUCAUUCCUUUGCACAUGCUGGAUCAGAGUUCUUGGCACAUCUUUCCCUUCAUCAACUCCAUGCUGAUCUUGUUGUUUGUCCUGCUGGCUCCUGCCACUGUCGCUGGCUGCAGCAAAGGGGAAGUUGACAGGCAGCUCAUCCUGGCCAAAGUGAAGGGGCAUUUCUUGGAGUCCCUUGGUCCUAUUCCACAAAGUGAAAAGCCCCACGUGGGACGACGAAGGGGGCUCCACAGACGGCAUGCCUCAGGCACAUCAGUUGCUCCGAAGUGGGAAGAAGAGGACACAUCCCAAGUGAUCGCCUUCCCAUCCAGAGAUGUGCCCUGUGGGCCACCUCAGCCUGAUGAGUUGCCAGAUGAGGCAGGCCUUUUCACCUACAUCUUCCAGCCCUCCACACACACCCUGAGUCGUGUGGUGACUUCGGCCCAGCUGUGGUUUUACACAGGCCCUGUGACAGUGCAGAGCAGCAGCCCUUCAGAAGCAUCAUCCAACAGCUCCAUGCCUGAGGCAGAGAUACUGAAGCUCUCCGAACAAGGCCAGGUCCCUGUGGCUACCAUGGCAGUGCCAGCUGCAGAGGGCUGGACAGUCUUUCAUUUUGAAACUUCCUUCUUGCCUUACAUUGCCCAGAAGAUAUUUGUGUUGUUUGUUCGUUGCCCUGGCUGCCCUUGUGUAGCCGAUGCUGAAAAGAUACCUUUCCUUGUGGCAUCUACCAAACUUAAGGGCCGUGACCGGGCUCGGCGUUCCUCGGUGCCUUGGUCACCAGCUUUUCUCAACUUGCUCCAGCGGCCUUCAGAUGAUGCUGCAGUCCAUGCCAACUGCCACCGGGCCUCUCUCAACAUCUCCUUUGAAGAACUAGGUUGGGAUAAGUGGAUUGUGCACCCUACCAGUUUCAUAUUUCACUACUGCCACGGGAGCUGCUCUGACACCCCCACUCUCACAGACAAGCCCAAUUUCCAACUUUGCUGUGCAGCCUUGCCCAGCACCAUGCAUUCCCUGCGGGUCCGCACCACCUCAGAUGGUGGCUACUCCUUCAAGUAUGAGACAGUGCCCAACAUCCUCACCCAGGAUUGUGCCUGUAUAUAGCAAAGACCUGGCUCCCAAGGACCAAUGCAUUCCUGAAAAUAAACUAGCCUUGUUUGCCCACUUCAGUUCACCUUAACAACUCUGCAAGUAAAUAUUCUCACUGGCUAAUAGGCCCAUGAUCAAUUCCAUCUGUCAAAGAUGUGCACACUCAACCUUGAUUUUCACUAGAAAAAUGUAAAGUCACACCAGUUCUUUUCUAAGUGUUGCCUAAUCUGGGAUUCACCUGCCUGGUAUAAAGAUUGCUUCAUCUAAAAUAAAUGUAGUUGUCUGCUAA